CUCUUGUUUUCGUUGUUAAAAGUAAGAUAAUCAUACUCAAACUCAAACUCAGUGCGCCACCACCACCACCACGCCGCACCCGCACUACACAGUGAUUCCUCAUCCACUCUCUCUCUCAAUUAAUUUCAUCUCCUACCACCUUCCACCACCUUUUUCGGUGUGGGAGAAAUGUUGAUCAAUGUGAAAGCCUCGACGAUGGUGCGUCCGGCGGAGGAGACACCGCGUACGGCGUUAUGGAACUCCAACGUGGAUUUGGUGGUGCCGAACUUUCACACGCCGAGUGUCUACUUCUACAGACCAAACGGCGCCUCCAACUUCUUCGACGCGGUGGUUCUGAAGGAGGCUCUGAGCAAGGCACUUGUUGUCUUUUACCCGAUGGCUGGCCGCCUCCGCCGUGACGACGACGGUCGCGUCGAGAUUUAUUGCGACGGCCAAGGGGUGCUCUUUGUUGAGGCUGAUAUCGCCGCAUCCGUCGAUGACUUUGGUGAUUUCGCUCCCACGCUUCAGCUUCGGCAGCUUAUCCCCACCGUCGAUUACUCUGCCGGCAUCGAAACGUACCCGCUCUUGGUGUUGCAGGUAACACAUUUUAAAUGUGGAGGAGUCUCAUUAGGAGUUGGCAUGCAGCACCAUGUAGCAGAUGGAGCCUCUGGUCUCCACUUUAUCAAUUCAUGGUCAGAUGUCGCUCGUGGCCUUGACAUUUCAACCCCACCAUUCAUUGACCGAACACUACUCCGUGCUCGUGAUCCACCUCAACCAGUGUUUGAUCACAUUGAAUACAAGCCCCCACCAGCCUUGAAGAGUAGUACUACUCCCCUGCAACCAGCAAAACCAGGCUCAGACAAUUCUGCAGCGGUCUCUAUCUUCAAAUUGACCCGUGACCAGUUGAACAUCCUCAAGGGUAAGUCCAGAGAAAAUGGCAACACCAUCAACUACAGCUCUUACGAGAUGUUGGCUGGUCAUGUAUGGAGAAGUGUGUGCAAGGCAAGAUCACUUGAUCCCAAUGACCAAGAAACUAAGUUGUACAUUGCAACUGAUGGCAGGGCAAGGCUGCAACCUCCCCUGCCACAAGGGUACUUUGGCAAUGUGAUCUUCACAGCCACGCCUAUUGCGAUGGCUGGUGAUCUCAUGUCAAAGCCAAUAUGGUAUGCUGCAAGCAGAAUCCAUGAUGCAUUGUUGAGAAUGGACAAUGAGUAUUUGAGAUCAGCUCUGGAUUUUCUUGAGCUGCAACCUGAUCUUAGAGCUCUGGUUCGUGGGGCACACACUUUCAGGUGCCCGAAUCUUGGGAUCACUAGCUGGGUAAGACUACCAAUUCAUGAUGCUGAUUUUGGUUGGGGAAGACCAAUUUUCAUGGGACCUGGUGGGAUUGCAUAUGAGGGGCUAUCAUUCAUAAUUCCAAGCCCUGUAAAUGAUGGGAGCUUAUCAGUGGCAAUUGCUCUACAGCCAGAGCAGAUGAAAGUGUUUCAGGAAUUGUUUUAUGAUAUUUGAAGGAUUGAACUUUUAGCCCAUUUUUGUCAUGGUUUGCAGCCCUCUGAAAUAUCACAAUGCUCCUAAGAUGGUGUUUUGUUUACUA